UCUUGCAGAGCCGCCGCGGGGCUGGGCGUCGGAGCUCCUCCGCGCACCGCAGCAGCAGCCCCGCGACCUCUUUUCCGAGCGGGAGGCGCAGGACACCCUGUUGAUGGACCGGGCGGCCGUGGCGAGGAUGGGCGCGGUGGCGAGCGCCAGUGUGUGCGUCCUGGUGGCGGGGGUGGUGCUGGCCCAGUACAUAUUCACCUUGAAGAGGAAGACAGGGCGGAAGACCAAAAUCAUCGAGAUGAUGCCUGAAUUCCAAAGAAGUUCAGUUCGAAUCAAGAACCCUGCAAGAGUGGAAGAAAUUAUCUGUGGUCUUAUUAAGGGAGGAGCAGCCAAACUUCAGAUAAUAACAGACUUUGAUAUGACACUGAGUAGAUUUUCCUAUGAAGGGAAAAGAUGCCCAACAUGUCAUUAUGUCAUUGACAACAGUAAGCUGGUUACAGAUGAAUGUCGAAAAAAGUUACUGCAACUAAAGGAAAAAUAUUAUGCUAUUGAAAUUGAUCCUGUUCUUACCAUGGAAGAGAAGUAUCCCUAUAUGGUAGAAUGGUAUACUAAAUCACACGGUUUGCUUGUUGAACAGGCUUUACCAAAAGCUAAACUUAAAGAAAUUGUAGCAGAAUCUGAUGUUAUGCUCAAGGAAGGGUAUGAGAAUUUCUUUGAUAAACUUCAAGAAUAUGGUAUCCCUGUGUUCAUAUUUUCGGCUGGUAUUGGUGAUAUACUAGAGGAGGUGAUCCAUCAAGCUGGCGUUUAUCACCCAAACAUCACAGUAGUGUCCAACUUCAUGGAUUUUGAUGACAAUGGGGUGCUAAAAGGAUUUAAAGGCGAACUAAUUCAUGUAUUUAACAAACAUGAUGGUGCCUUGAAGAACACAGAAUAUUUCAAUCGACUAAAAGACAAUAGCAACAUCAUUCUGCUGGGAGAUUCCCAAGGGGACAUAAGAAUGGCAGAUGGAGUAGCCAACGUUGAACAUAUCCUGAAAAUUGGAUAUCUAAACGAUAGAGUUGAUGAGCUUUUAGAAAAGUAUAUGGACUCUUAUGACAUUGUUCUAGUAAAAGACGAGUCAUUGGAUGUAGCCAACUCUAUCUUACAGAAGAUUCUAUAAACAAGCAUUCUUCAAGAAGACCUCUCACCUGUGGGUGCAAUUGAUGCAAGAACUGCUCACCUAUUCAUCUUGCUGAAAGACUUCUAUUUAUAAUGCGUUAUUGCUUUUAAAGUUUUUUCUCUCUGUUACUGAGGUAUUUUCGGACAUUGAAUCCAUCAACUGGAAGCUCCUUUUUUUUCCUCAUUUCUCUCAACACACUCCUCAACUAUAUUUUUUAACAGAUUUAAAAAGAAAAUCAUAAAGCCAAAAUUUGAAAAAUAACUCCCUGCAUUUCCAGAGUGAAUUUUGUAAUGUUAUCAUGAGGUUUUUGAGGAAACUUUUUACUCUGGGAGAGUUUGUAUAAGUUUAAAAAGAAAUUUUAUGAAAUGGUGAAAUAAUGUGCAUGAUUUUAAGUUGCCAUUUUUGUAAUUUGGGUGACUUAUGUUGAUGAUAUCACCAUCUCCUUAAAUUGUGUUAUGUUUGGUUAUUUCGUUUUGUGAAAGUCAGUAUUAACCAGAAAAUAUUGGCACUCAGUGUUUGAAAAUAUUGGCACUCAGUUUGGUAUCCACAUGUCUGUCACUAAUCAUUACAAAAUGUUCUGUAUGGAAGCACUGAUGAUACACAUGAAAUGCAAAGCCUUUUUAAAUUGUACUGUCAAGAAAAUUAUUAAUCAUUUAUUCAACAAAUAUUUAUUAAGCA